GCACAUUUACGUUCCGCAGACCCAGCGGCUGCCCUAAAGGAUUGCGAUACAGCUCUGAUGCUUCUGUCUCCCGGUGAUGUCGACAACCCGGCGACAACCGCCCAUUCGCAAUUGGCCAAGGCUUACUUUCAUCGAGGCAAGGCCCUAAUGGCACUUAAUCGACCGGCUGACGCGUUAGACUCAUACGAACACUCUCGUUCCUGUUCGAAUGUAGCCAACGCGCACAGUCGACCCGCGGGACAGGAAUGGCCUAAUUAUCUUGUGGAAUAUGUUGCUCAGGCCCAGGCCGCUUUGGCCGCUCAGAAAGCCGAUGCUCAAGCGGAAAUGCGUUUUGAGGAGAGUAAAAUCAAAUCCGGUCCAAGUGCAAGCGGUGCUCAGGCUGCGGAAAUCCCCGCUGGACAACAAUUGGUAUGCCUUUUGGCUCAAUUGGCUCGAGGGAAUUUGGAUGCAAAUUACUAUAGCGCCGGAUUGCGCCAACUUUCACGACUGUUGGCUGCCGCUCCGCUCGCCACCACCAGUGGUCGCAACAACACAAUCGGCGUUAGCUGUACAAAAUCCCCCGUCCCAGUCUGUUACACGAACGAAUCUAAACUGGAACCAGAUCCGUCUGUAGGUGUUGCCACUACUGCUGCUGUUCCAACGACUCGGGAUUCCAUGUCCUCGGCGAACAAUAGACGACAGAAGAAGAAGAAGAAACAGCAACGGACGAAUUGUGCCAGGCAGCCACAGCGCCAACAACAACAAACAAAGCCGAUUCCGGAUCAUCCGAAACCCGCUGUUGAAGCUCUAUCCGAUUUGCAGUCUCUCUUCCGAGUGAAAAAUGGAUUCUCUUUACUGGGCAAGGAGAUCCAGGCCAUAUACCGCUACUUUGUUCCCCCCGCACAAACCCCGAACGGGGUGAUGAAUGGACCGGAACAGCCAAUCACCCAACUAGCAACGCUCAGCACCGGGGACGGGAAUGACUAUACCGAUCGAUUGUUAGCUUUGCUCAAUGUCACCAAUUUGCUCACGACCGAUUGUGGUGAGAAUCAGCGCAUCCUUAUUGAGCAUCAUCCGCGUGUUGUAUCCAUGGUGCUCGAAUGCUUGACUAUGUCCCCGAAUUUGGUCGAAUGUCUGGCCCAACAGAUAUCCACACCACGGAGCACGGAACCCAAGUCAGUUUUGUUUUGUUUUGUUUCAAUGAAUUUCCUAUUUGUGAUCAAGGAAACAAGUACAACUCAACGAAAUCAGAAAAAGCUGUAA